GUGGUGAGGUGACGAUGCCGCGGUUCACUCAGUACUUCCGGGGCAGUCUGUCAGGGCUGACCAUCAGGCCAGGGAAGAUAGAGAGCCAGAAGGUAAUCUCCUGUCUACAGGCCUGUAAGGAAGGACUGGACAUCAACUCACUGGAGAGCCUGGGCAAGGGCAUCAAGGUAAGGCAACAGACACACACACACACAGAGGGAGAUACACAGACACAUGAACACAGACUGUAAACACAUUCAAAUGCUGAUAUACAUUCAAACAUAUGUUAAAACACUUAGUCUCCCCUUCCUUUCCUCCCCUAGAGAGAGAGAGGCCUUAUCAUAGAAGUCUUUGGACUGUUGUUCCACAAUGAAAUCCUGUCAGCCUUUUAAGGUAGAGUGAUAGGAUGAGAGGAGAGGAGAGGAGAGGAGAGGAGAGGAGAGGAGAGGAGAGGAGAGGAGAGGAGAGGAGAGGAGAGGAGAGGAGAGGAGAGGAGAGGAGAGGAGAGGAGAGGAGAGGAGAGGAGAGGAGAGGAGAGGAGAGGAAGGGAGGUAAAACUCUGCAGGGCUAGUUCACUUGAUCUUUUUCAAAUGAUUUCUUUUUCUUUUUGUGUCUGCACUUUUCCAUGGGUCUCCUGAGUAUAGUACAGCUUAAGGACAGUGUUUAGGAUCAGGUGGGAACCUUGACAAUGCAAUCACAGGAGAAUGAGAGGAAAGAAAGAGAAAGAGGGGGGAGAACAGAGGGAUAAAAGGAAAUGGAGAGAGCCCCCUGAAGCGUAGUGUCUUUGCUUCUGUGUGUGAACGAGGCUGUGGUAUCAGCAGCACAAAGUCUCUUCAGUGAGACUGAGACUCAGUGCAUAAUGUCCACUGGGACCCAGAGCUGUGUCUGAAUGUGUCUGAGCAACACAAUAAGCUUAUGACCUCUCAAACAGAGAAGAAGAAUGAACACACACUCAUGAUGUACACUCAAACACACUCAGUCAGACACACCCAGUGUGGGUUACACUGUGGUAAAGUAUGGUGUGCUCUCUCUCUGUCUCUCUCUCUCUCUCUUCUCUCUCGCUCUCUCAGUUCCACUUCAACCCAGCCCAGUCGAUCCUGGUGAUGGAGGGAGAGGAUCAGGAGAACAUGAACGCUGCUCUGAGGAAGGUCUCCUACAUCAACUCCCGCCAGUUUCCCACACCGGGCAUCAGACACCUGCACAUCUCAACCUCAGUACAGUACGCAAGCAAUGACUAAUUCUACCUUUACUACUGACCGUUACAUCUUUUCUAUCUGUCACUCUCCCUCUCCUCUGUCCUUCAUUCACCUCAGUACAGUGUGACUGGAUAAGGUCUUCUCUCUCCUGUCCUUUAACCACCUCACAGUGUGACUGGAUAAGGUAUUCUCUCUCCUGUCCUUUAACCACCUCACAGUGUGACUGGAUAAGGUCUUCUCUCUCCUGUCCUUUAACCACCUCACAUUGUGACGACUAUCUGUCUUUUUUCCACCUCAGUCCAGUUUAACCUACUGUACCUGUACCUGUACCUGUCUGUGCAUUUAGUCAUCUCUCUCUCUGUCCUCCCUCUCCAUCUCUUUCUCUGUCCUCCUCUACAAUCUCUAUCGUAACUAAAUACAAAGAUCGCAUUAUAUGUAAUAGAAAUCAAUAUUAGUAAUAUAAAUCUCUAUUGUAAUAAUAUACAUAUCAAUGAAGAAUAGUAAAAAUCGAUGUAAGAAGUAAAUAGGAUCAUGAAGAACAAAUCUAUUAGUGAGGUAACUAACAACGAAUAGUAUGUCGAUCAGAUAAAGAUGAUCUCUGUAAUGAAAUCAUCAUAUUAUGUAAUACAAUCAAUUAUAUGAUACAAUCUAAAAUAUAGUAGAUAAUCAAUCAUAAGCUACUUAAUCUACCUCAAUGUCUAAACCCAUCUAUGUAUCAUCAUAUUCUCUCUAGUCUUACAGCUCAAUGUAAGAAACUAUAUAUUAGAUCUCUGCUCUCAAUAAUAGUAUAGAGAUACAUAUAAGAUUCUAUUAGCUGAAUCUAUUUCUCUGUUAUCUUUCUCUCAUCUAUCAUUCGUAUCCUAGACCAUAUCUCUAUGUCUCCAAUCUCUCUUCGUUCUCAUCUCUCAUGUACCCUAUCCAUUUCUCUCUCUGUCCUCCCUCUCCAUCUCUCUCUCUGUCCUCCCUCUUCAUUUCUCUCUCUGUCCUCCCUCUCAUCUGUCUCUCUGUCCUCCAUUUCCAUCUCUCUCUUAAUGUGAUCUAUCUCAACACCUUUUCACUGUGAGUGUUAACUAGUCUCAACAUCUUCUCACUGUGAGUGUAAACUAGUGUCAACACAUUCUCACUGUGAGUGUAAACUAGUCUCAACACCUUCUCACUGUGAGUGUAAACUAGUCUCAACACCAUCUCACUGAGAGUGUAAACUAGUGUCAACACCUUCUCACUGUGAGUGUAAACUAGUGUCAACACCUUCUCACUGUGAGUGUAAACUAGUGUCAACAUCUUCUCACUGUGAGUGUAAACUAGUCUCAACACCUUCUCACUGUGAGUGUCAACUAGUCUCAACACACAACAACAGCACAACUCAUUGGAGCACAUCUCACACUUGCUCAUGUAGAUGGUUAGCUACUCCCUCUCCUCCUCUCCCUCUCCUCCUCUCCCUCUCCUCCUUUCCCUCUUCACUUCUUUUGUUCUUUAAACCACCACUCUCUCUGUUCCACAUCGCCACCUGGGGCAAGUUUUUACAUUUUCAUGUUAUUUAUUAAUAAUUCUGUCUGGGUUUUGCCAGAGGACAGAGAGAGAGAUAGAGGGAAACUGGAUGCUAUUCUACAACAGCCAUCACUGGUGGGCUGUGAUUAAUAUUCAUAGCAGGUUUAAAUAUGUGCAGCCCCCCACAGCUCAGCCCUGGAGGGUUGUACUCCGCCCCCCUAUUGGGUUCGACGCAGGGCUGCGGGCCCAUCCCUUCAGCUAGCUUAGCAAGGAAGGAGGAGGGCUAGGAAGAGGAGGGGACGACUGGGCUGCAGGCACACCGAUUAGAAAUGAAUACAUUAUGCUAACUAUGCUUAAGCUUGUGUAUUUCUAGAUGUUGUUUAAUAAAGUUUUCUGGUUGUGUGUAGGAGGAUGGCUGGGACUGUGGUACGCAGGCUAUCCAGUGGUCUGCACUGCCUGUGAACCUUGUUGCGCUCCAGCUGUUGCUCACAAAGAGAGUGCUUGGUAGUCAUCCAAGACAAGCUUUGAUAACAAUAAUGUGUAAAUCAGCAGGCAUUGAUGAAUCAAAACAGAAUUAAUUUAGAAUAAUGUCCAGUAAAUAGGCCUGCAGAGCAGACUGUCUGUUAGGCUACAGCCAAAACAUAAACUCCUCCUGAGGAAUGCUGCUAUUUGCUGGAAAUGUCCCCGUAAGUGCCGUAUUAUUGUAAACAAAUAAAUAGAGUUGUUAAUUAAUUCCUUAAAACACACUUAAGAGUGUUUUCAACGUAAUAAUGCAAUUACUGCAGCCAUCAGGAAACAGUAACUAAUGUUAAUCUAUGUAGGGUCUUUAUUCUACCUUGUCAUAUUUUCUUUAAUUAAUUUGGUUGGGGUCCAAGUCCUCGCCAUGGCCCAAGCCUGCUGUUUCCACGCUCUGCUGUCUCUGCCUCCUCUCCACAACAAUACCCUGCCGAGGCGGGGAAAGACACAACUUGCGGAUGACGUUUACAGGCUAUGUGAGGAGGUUUACAGGCUAUGUGAGGACGUUUACAGGCUAUGUGAGGAUGUUUACAGGCUAUGUGAGGACGUUUACAGGCUAUGUGAGGACGUUUACAGGCUAUGUGAGGAAGUUUACAGGCUAUGUGAGGACAUUUACAGGCUAUGUGAGGACGUUUACAGGCUAUGUGAGGACGUUUACAGGCUAUGUGAGGACGUUUACAGGCUAUGUGAGGACGUUUACAGGCUAUGUGAGGACGUUUACAGGCUAUGUGAGGACGUUUACAGGCUAUGUGAGGACGUUUACAGGCUAUGUGAGAACGUUUACAGGCUAUGUGAGAACGUUUACAGGCUAUGUGAGGACGUUUACAGGCUAUGUGAGGACGUUUACAGGCUAUUUGAGGACGUUUACAGGCUAUGUGAGGACGUUUACAGGCUAUGUGAGGACGUUUACAGGCUAUGUGAGGAAGUUUACAGGCUAUGUGAGGACGUUUACAGGCUAUGUGUUGACGUUUACAGGCUAUGUGAGGACGUUUACAGGCUAUGUGAGGACGUUUACAGGCUAUGUGAGGAAGUUUACAGGCUAUGUGAGGAAGUUUACAGGCUAUGUGAGGAAGUUUACAGUGUAGCGAUGGGAUGGACGGAGUCAGGUGCAGGAGUGUGAAGAAGGAAUAUGCUUUAUUCAGUCCAAUAAGGUAGUCCGCAGCAAUGCGGAAACACGAUCCCAGUGCAACUUAAAUGCGUACUGGGAACCAGACAUACGCAGGUAAAUAUUCCAGGCGAUAAAAUAACAAACAUUCUCAACCGAGCUAGCGAAACCUCCACAAAGUAACAAUAACACACAAAGACAUGGGGAGCAGAGGGAAUACUUAUACAGACACUGAUGAGGGGAUAUGUACCAGGUGUGUGUGAAAAGAAGACAAAACAAAUGGAAGGAUGAACAGAGGAGCGGCAGUGGCGAGAAGGCCGGUGACGAUGAACGCCGAAGCCUGCCCGAACAUGGAGAUGAGACAGCCUCGGAGGGAUCCGUGACAUACAGGCUAUGUAAGGAAGUUUACAGGCUAUGUGAGGACGUUUACAGGCUAUGUGAGGACGUUUACAGGCUAUGUGAGGACGUUUACAGGCUAUGUGAGGAAGUUUACAGGCUAUGUGAGAACGUUUACAGGCUAUGUGAGGACGUUUACAGGCUAUGUGAGGAAGUUUACAGGCUAUGUGAGGACGUUUACAGGCUAUGUGAGGACGUUUACAGGCUAUGUGAGGACGUUUACAGGCUAUGUGUUGACGUUUACAGGCUACGUGAGGACGUUUACAGGCUAUGUGAGGAAGUUUACAGGCUAUGUGAGGAAGUUUACAGCAGUAUUUAGG